GCCGAAAAGAAGAGCUUUUGUUUACGAUUUGGCUGAUAUAAUUUAUGUCUAGCGUUUUUCAAAUUUCAAGACUUGUAUAUCUUUUAAUAUAUUCUUAUGUAAAAUUACUUCAAUACAUUUACAUAACUCAUUUGUAGGCAAUUUCAAAUCCAAUGUCAUCAACAAAUCAUAUAGUCCAAUAUGUAGUCGUGAGAGGGGAUUUGUUUUCUAAGCUCAAAUGGCCGGUUGGUGCUGUCAUUGCUCAAGCUUGCCAUUCGUGUACUGCUGCAAUUCAUCUUUACUACAAAGAUGAGGUUACUCAGGAGUAUCUCAGUGAUCUUGACAGAAUGCAUAAAAUUGUAUUGGAGGUAAACAUUAAAUUAUUGACUUAAAAUAUAAAUUGUCCAACAAUUUUUAUGAAUCAACUGAAAUCUCAACAUUUAUAAGAUUUCCUGAUUUGCAUAAUUUAUGCAUGCAUUUUUUUUGCACUUAGACUUAGGACUAGGGGCCAUCCAUAAAUGACGUCACACAAAUUUUUGCAAAUUCCCCCCCCCCACCCUUCCAUUGUCAUUAUAAGAGUUCCCUAUUUUCAUAAUUUAUGCAUGCAUUUUUUUUGCACUUAGACUUAGGACUAGGGGCCAUCCAUAAAUGACGUCACACAAAUUUUUGCAAAUUCCCCCCCCCCCACCCUUCCAUUGUCACAAAUCAUCACAAAAAGACACCACCCUCAAGUAUGACGUCGCAAAUGUCUGCACCUCCUCCCCCUUAUAAAAAUUCUCUGUGUCCACUACUGUCCUUUAAAAACCCUUAAUGAAGAGAUUCAUCUCCCUUAACUAUCAAAUUACUGAACCUGUGUCAGAAACAUUUCACUAGAACAGUGGUUCUAACCUAGGAGUAAAAGUACCUCCCCAGCCCUGAGUACUGAGGUGCGGAAGACCAGAAAAUUGUAUUUGCUGCCAUUGCUAGUUGUUGCUACUUUUUUAUAAAAAAUUCAUUAUGCAUUUUGAUUAGCAGCAGUAAAUGUUGUUUUUUUCUGGUGAACUAUGCGCAUUACUUGUAUUGUUAUUUUUUCACUAGUUUAUAAAAAGUUACUUAAAGAAAUAGAACUAUGAUAACUAAAUUAUUUAAUUAUUUACAUAUUUUAAAUUUUAUUAAUUUAUAUGAUUAGGAUGGGGGGGGGGGGGGUUGAAAACGUCCUGCAACUUGAUCAGAGGCCAUUUUUCUGACAUCGCAUACAUGUACUGAUUCUCUCAGUGAUCGUAGUUUAAAAUAAUUUAUAAAUAAUGUUAAAAAUGUCUGUAAUUUAGGGUUGUUCAAAGCAAUUCUUUACUAUAAUGUUCCGCUUUUCAUGUGAUUUCACAUAGUUUAAGCCCCCCCACCCCUGUUGCACAUCGUCACAAAAAUGUGUUCCUACCUGGACAAGUGACAUCAUUUAAAGAUGGCCCCUUCGUAGGCAUACCGAUACUCCCUUGCGCAUUCAUUCUGCGCAUGAGGAAAAAAAACGCAAAAAUUGAAGUGGCCAUCUUACUAUCGCUUCUACGGUGACCUCGGAUUUAUGCGUUUUACGUCACAGUUUCCUAUUUGUACAUUUGUUUUGUCAUCGAUGACGUUUUAUAUUUGUCUUCCGGUGACGCACAUGUCGUUAGAGCAACUGGAUUGAGCUCUGUUCUUUUCUUGUGUCACUUUGAACAUAUGGUAAGCUAUAAAAUGUAUUAAAUACUCCGUUUUAGCAAUAAUGUCACAUUAAAACCUUUAAAAAACAGUUAAGCAUUCAAAUGGGGUGGGGAAUAACUUUGAAAUAGCCAAUUUAUGCUUUUCCAGUAGAAUGAAGUGUCCUUCCAAUUGUCAUGACCCCACCAGCACCGGAAAAAAAAAAAUGGUGGAUUUUUUUGUUGCACCGGUAUGAUGAAAGGGACUCUAAAUUACUUUCAAUAAGAUAGUUUUAUUACAUUAGUAAUCUUUGAACAUCAAAAUAAAUCUAAUAAAAUUAGUAAAAUGUAUUAUAAAAUAUUACAGAAACUGAUUUGAUGAUUAAAAUUAUAACAAUUCCAUUGAUUGUUGAAGUUGAAGCUUUUUUUUUUUGUUAAUAAAGGCCGAGAAUCGUCGUAUAUAAUUAUAUAAUUAUUAUAAUAAUAUAGUAUUAGUAUAUAAUAAUAUUAAUAAAUUAAUAUGCAAAAUACAAUAAAAAUAGUUAAAUAGUAAUAGAAAUAAGUUUAACUAAGUAAUAAAUGAACAUGAUAUUAGGCAUUAGGCUUAGUAAGUUAGCUUAAGACCAGACAAGUCAACUGGUAUGAAUAAAUAAUAAAUAAAAUAUGAAAUGUAGAUAAUGUAAAAUGUAAAUUACAUACAAUGUCACCAAUGUUAUUUGAAGAAUAAUUUUUUAUAGUAUGAUAUAGUAAAAAUAUAAUAAUGUAACAUUUUGGAAAUAUUAAUUAAUAAUAAUUAUUAUGAUUUAUAUUAUAAAUUAUGCAAAAUUAAAAGUAAAAUUAUUUCCAUAAUUUCUUUUGAUUUUUUUCCCCAGUCCCCAGCGAUAUCGAGAAUGUCUGAGUCAGUAACUGUUACCCUUCAGGAUUUUGAUCGUUUGGUGGCAAGCUUUGCCCAAGAUGCAGCCACUGGCAUAUAUAGGAAUGGCUAUGCAUUCUAUUUGUAUACCAGCUGUGCCAACAAGAAAGAGGGCAUGAUUGCUGCAGUGUCUGCACUUGAUGAGGUCUUUAUUAAGAAAGAUCUCAACUAUGUGUCAAAUAAGAAUGGAAUACGUGCAAAGUGUCAAAAAUUGUUUACCAAUAUCUUAUCUUUAAAAAAGCAUUUCACUCUAACAUGGAUGAGAAUCCAGGAUCUUUUGUUUCAGCCUUUUAGUGCGCCAGUUUCCAAGGAAAAAAAGAUUGUGCCAUCCAGCUCUUCUGGUGCUGCAACUCCAUUAACAGAUGAAAUGUUUCUUCCACAGGUAGCUCAGCAAGAAUUAAAGGCUCCACCAAAACUUAAGAAGUUGCGCACUGAUUGUAAUCAAUGCCACUCCAUAAGGCAAAGGUGUAUAGCCAGGUGUCAGUUUUUUGAAAAUAAGGUGAAGGUUGUUAAAUGUAAAUUAAAUGCUAAGUCACUUCACAGGUCCCCUGAGACGAAAGUUUUGACUCAGACCAUAAAGAGGAAGACGCAGAGGGUUGAGACACUAAAGCGGGAGAAGACAGCACUGAAGACCAAGGUGCUGCACUUGGAACGACAACUGGGAGCGUCAACAACCAAGAUGGAGAAGUGCAGUCUUCUGAGCAGAAGGAACCGCAUCCUGCAGAAGAAGGUCACCAAACUACAGGAGGAGGUGUUUCAGCUGAAGGCUACAGUAAAGGCAACGACGGAGGACAGGAUAGAGGCACUCUUGAAGGUGGAUGAACUGAUGGAGGCGUCUGAGAAGGUUAAAGUAAUCACUACCACAUCUGCAAAAUCCACAGGCACCCAUGGUAAAGCUCGUAGGCAAAGAUAUACCUAUAAUACCCCCAUGAGGAAAUGUAUAUAUAAUUGCAUUUUGAACCAGGUGCCUGUGGAUAAAGCUGGAAUAGUGAUUGACUUUAUUGUCCGAGAGCUGGCUGGACAGACCUUGUCAGACGUCCCCUGUGCAUCCACAGCUGCAUCCAUGACCUAUGAGCUGGGAAUCCUCUCUGACCUUCAAGUCGGUGAAGUAUUGUUUAAGGCUAAUAAUGUUACAUUAGCCUGAGACUCUACACCACUUGACGGGCAGCACAUUAACGCCUGUAACAUUUCUGCUGAUGGGCAGAACCUGACUCUCCAGACAGCAGGAAUAGCAGGUGGUAAGACAGAGGAUUACCUAGAGCAAGUCAUGAAUGCACUUCAGGAUGUUGCCUCCGUUUACUCGAGCUUCUAUAAAAUUCAACAGCAAAUGGUGCUGUAUACUUUUAAUCUCUCUCUCCAGGCAACGCUAAGCGAUCGAGCUCGGGUGAAUAAGUGUGUGUCUCAGCAACUGGAAGAGACCCUAGGCAAGAAGCUAGUGCAGCUGAAGUGCCACUUACACCCUCUGGACGGCAUGGCCACCCAGGCCAGGAAGGAGCUCAAAGCUUUAGACGUUGAGUGGGAGAUUAAGGGUAAUGUUUUUGGAAGUGAGGGCUGUCAAGGUCAUGAAAUCAUGAGGUAGUGUGUGUGUGAUGAUUUGAGGACGAAUGCGGAUUGUGAACUAAUUUCAUGUCAUGGGCGAAUGAUAGUGGAGUGAACGAGGCAUGAGAUUGGGGUAUAAAAGGGUUCACAGACGUGAGAGUGGGAGGAGAAUAAUUAUUAUGUCACGUGGGGAUUACGUUCACAGAGGUUAGACGAGAGAUAGGACUCGCGACAGCGAGACGUCUUUUUGGAGAUAGUGGAUUUUGUCAUGAUAUGUUUUGCUGAUUGGAAUAUUGCCAUAUACUUUGGAUUCAUGUUCACUAAACUUUGAGACGCAUUAAUCCAGUAAUGCUGUCAGCAAAUAAAUGUCUUAUGUACCUUGAAGCGUAUUGUUUUGAUGAAUCAACCUAGUCUGUUGUGUGACAAGAUUUACAAGAGAUUAAACCAAAGCGAGAAUCAUAAACCUAACAACGAGCCAAAUAUUCAACAACAAGAAUAUUUGACAAGGGCUGUGCAGCAAAUUUGGUUUAUGCUGUAUCUAAAUUGAGGUAAAUAUAAAUAAUUAUUAUUUUAUACAUUCUAUUCAAAAUUUGUUUUUUUAAGUGCUAUGUUUUUUUUAAAUUGAUUGUAAAUUUGAGAUACUAACAUUUUUCCUUUACAUCUGCAGAUACAAAAUGAAAUCAGGAGAUCCAUAAUGAAAUCAGGAGAUCCAUCAGGGUUUAAGGCCUUCCUUGAGAGAUCUAAGCUAAACCCAGGAGUCAUAGUACGCUAUGUGGGGAACAGACUCCAUGUUCUGUUCCACCUAGCUGGGAUUAUUGUCCACCUGAAGGAUCUGCUAUCCCAGUACUUGACUAAGUACUCAACUGCUAUGGGGUUGCGAUCGGUCAUUAUGAAGGAUCUCGACAACCCCAACAUUUUUCUUCAGUUGAGAGCUUUAGGUAAAUAUAUAUUAUUUUAAAAUAUUGCAGUGGUGAAAUGUUACAAUAUCUCAUGUAGUUUAUCAAUAUUAUACAUGUAUGUAUUGUUUCCUAAAUUUUAUUAUAUUUUAUAUGUUAGGUCUCUUCGGGAAGGUCUUGACUGGCCCCUGGAUGACCACAUUCUAUAAGAAUCCUGGUGGAUUAAAGCAUUUGGAAAUGGUAUGUGUUCAUUAUAAUUGUCUAUAGCGAUUAACCACCAUUAUAAUUUUUUUAAAUAUUAUGUGCCCAUUAAAAAAAGUCCAUUAUUUUCUUUUUAUCACAGACUCCACUCAUCAAAACGUGCAUGGUCACGUUGAAGGAGAUUGCAGACAACCCAGCCUUGGUCCUCACCAUCGACCAUGAUGUGUUCAACCACCAGAACGUUGAGUGGGAGAUUAAGGGUAAUGUUUUUGGAAGUGAAGGCUGCGCAGCUAAUUUGGUUUAUGCUGUGUCUAAAUUGAGGUAAAUAUAAAAAAUUAUUAUUUUGUAUAUUCUAUUCAAAAUUUGGUUUUUAAGUGUUAUGUUUUUUAAUUGAUUAUAAAUUUGAAAUACUAAAAUAUUUUCUUUACAUUUACAGAUACAAAAUGAAAUCAGGAGACCCAUCAGGGUUUAAGGCCUUCCUUGAGAGAUCUAAGCUAAACCCAGGAGUCAUAGUACGCUAUGUGGGGAACAGACUCCAUGUUCUGUUCCACCUAGCAGGGAUCAUUGUCCACCUGAAGGAUAUGCUAUCCCAGUACUUGACUAAGUACUCAACUGCUAUGGGGUUGCGAUCGGUCAUUAUGAAGGAUCUCGACAACCCCAACAUUUUUUUGCAGUUGAGAGCUUUAGGUAAAUAUAUAUGUAUUUUAAAAUAUUGUAGUGGUGAAAUGUUAAACAAUAUCUCAUGUAGUUUAUCAAUAUUAUACAUGUGUGUAUUGUUUCCUAAAUUUUAUUAUAUUUUAUAUGUUAGGUCUCUUCGGGAAGGUCUUGACUGGCCCCUGGAUGACCACAUUCUAUAAGAAUCCUGGUGGAUUAAAGCAUUUGGAAAUGGUAUGUGUUCAUUGUAAUUGUCUAUAGCGAUUAACCACCAUUAUAAUUUUUAAAAAUAUUAUGUGCCCAUUAAAAAAGUCCAUUAUUUUCUUUUUAUCACAGACUCCACUCAUCAAAACAUGCAUGGUCACGUUGAAGGAGAUUGCAGACAACCCAGCCUUGGUCCUCACCAUCGACCAUGAUGUGUUCAACCACCAGCUGGAGGUGGAUGAUGUCCUGCUGAAGCUGAGGAGCAACUCCCAGGAAACAUCAGAACGGUUUUUUUUUACAAUCUCCUUACUAGCAAAAUGUUUUUUAAAUGUUUUAAGUAGGCAGCUGGGGGAUUAUACUGAUGGUGAGCUGGCGGACCCCCAACCAGACCUGAUGGCAAAGACUUCAUCUGCUCCAGUUCACAACAUCUUCUGUGAGCGUGUGUUGGGCAUGGUGGAUGCCCAGGUUAAGAGGGCACCCAACGCAUCCAUGGCUUUUGUUGAUGCCAAGGUGAAGUCUCUUGCCAAUAAGACAAUGGAAUGGUUGGUAGGGAAACCCAGUUCGGAACAGGUUAGGAUGAUUUCUUUUGCAAUUAACUUUGCACGUAGGCAGGUUAAAGUUCUUAAGAGUAGGGAUAAGUUAAUGAGACAGGUGGUUAUUUUUAGACAGACAGAAUUAGCGCAGAAAAGGGAUAAGACAGAUAGAAAUAAAUUAGAAAGAAACGUUAGAAACUGUCUGGAAACUGGAUUGGGGUUGGAUGAUGAUGUUUUCUCUAGUCUUCUCCCAGGUACUAAAGAAAAUUUUAAUGAAAUGUUUCAGAACCCUGUAGACUGCCUGCCCUUACCUAUCAGGCAUGUUUGGCAUGUAGAUGGAGAAGACAAGGUCUUUGAGGGGGAAGUAGUUGCAGUGGUAACUAAAAACAAAAAGAAGUGUUGUCGUGUAGUUUAUAGUUUAGAUGAUAUUCAGAUUAUUCCUGUUACUUUUUUAAUUGCAGAUGCCAUAAUGGGAGAUUUUCAUUUCAGUUAGAUAAUUUCAAAAUUUGUUGCUGUUUGCUUUUGUCUAUGGGUACAUUAAAAAACAUUUUGUUAAUUUUUCCUUUUCAGCAUGCAUUGUUCACAUUUAAUUUUAAAGUUACUGUUAAUACUGUUAAUCAUUUUUAGAUUUUGUUAAGUUUAGAAUUGAUUACUUUUUUUAAUACUUUUCCCAUUUGUAUUCAGGUUAUUUUGUUCACUUUUUCAUGCUUUUUAUAGAUUUCAUUGUGUAAAUACUUAAAAACAAUAUGAACCUUUGUUUUUGUUGUUGUUUAAUUUUGAAGGGAUAUUUUUUUUAAUACCUCCUUUAUUCCAUUUUUCUGUUUCAGGCUCAUAUAACUUUUUAUUCUAGUGUUUUUAAUGCUGUUUGAAUUAAUUUAGAAAAUUAUAAUUUGUAGAUAUGUAUAUAAUGUAUAUGUAUUUUUUUAUCUUUUGUCUUGAUUACUUUUUUAAUACUUUUCAAACUUUUCUUUUUCAGACUGUUAACUUCUCUUUUAAUCUUUUUAUUAGUUACGGUACUGUUUGUAUUUAUUUAGAAAGUUAUUUUGUGUAAAUAUAUUAAUGUAAGAACCAUUUUGAAUUUUACUUUUUUAAAAUACUUUUCACAUGUUUAUUUUCAGGCUGUUAUCUUUUCUUUUAAUGUUGUAUUAUUACUGUUUGCAUUUCUUUAUAAAAUUAUUUUGAGUAAAUAUAUUUAUGUAAGAAUUUUCAUUUCUAUUCAAUACUUUUCAAUUUUUUAUUUUCAGGCUGUUAUCUUAACCUUAAUCUAGUAUUAAUUACUGUUUGCAUCAAUUAAGAAAAUUAUUUUGUGUAAACACUUAAAUAUGUAUGUACUAUUGAUUUGCUUCUCACUUUAAUUUUUUUUUUGAACUAUUCCAUUUGUCUUUUUCAGGACGUUUAUUUUCUUUAAAAAAAAGGUAACUAUUAAAUUUCAUAUUACAGUACAAGUAUUAAUUAUAAUUAAGACAUUGAUUAAAUAUUUGUUGGGUAUCAUUACUUUAUAAUUAUAUGCAUGAAAGUCUGACUUUACUUUGGAAUACAUUUUAAAAAAUCAUUCCCCCCCACCCCUUUUUUUUUUUUUUUCAGAAUAUUUCAAAUUCAUCAUUUCAUACAGAUAAGUGUUCAUAUUAUUAGUAUUAGUUAAACAUUUAUUGUCUAUAAUUUAUUUACAAACUGACUUUGCACCAUUUUUUUUGUUACAUUACAGUGUAACUGUUUUGACUCAGUAUUUGAAUAAUUUAUUAAUAUUUCUAUUUUUAUAUUUAGGUCCUUAUAUUUGAAUAAUUUAUUAACAGUUCUAUACUUCUUUUCAGGACGUAUUAAGUAGUAGCACUGUUUUAUCUCAUGCAAUUAGUUUAUAUUAAUAUUAUGGUUUGAUUUUAUAAAAAUAAAAUUAAAUUUUUCAUUUCUUUUCAGGUAUUUUUAAAUCCCCUACAGAACAUAAAAUGCCUAUAAUCAAAUUAUAAUUUUUAUGUGAUAUUCUUAUUACUUGAAAAUGGAAUAAACAUGCAAUUUUUUUUGUUUUUCAUGUAAAGAAAUAAUAAUUUUUCCAAAAAAAAGUGUUUUUUUUACCAAAUUUUUUUUCACUUUCUCUGCAAAAAUAUUUUUUCAAAAUAAAUUUAUCUUCUAUAAUGUGCAACUUUUGUUUUCAUUGUGUUUUACAUUGCAUUGAGAGUGUGUGCUGAAAAUUUGGUACCCUUAUCUUUAAAAAUAAAAAAGUUAUGGGUCAAAAAGUGGAAAAAAUUGAAAAGUGGGUCACAAGUUUUUGGGGUCAAAUAUAUAGCAUAAAAAAAUUGACAAAAAAAAUCAUAACUCCAGUUCUAUAAAAGAUAGAAAGAUAAAGUUGGUGUUGUUAUAAAGCUUAUGGCUAGCCCUUUAAAAUGAUGUAUCAUUCAUGGCAAUCGGACAAUAUUUAAAUUUUGUGUCAAAGUACCUACCCUUAGAAGAAUAAACAUGUCUUAUUUAAGGAACGGGCUUAAAUUUUAUGGUUGUUGAAGUCUAAAUAAGUCCUAAUCCAUAUUUGAAUGAGAUUCAGUGUGAAAAACUGCACAAAAUAUCAACCUGGGGCUACUUAACCCUUUUGACAUAUUCCAAGGUCACAUAUUUUUAAAGCAUUUUUUAGGUGUCACUAGGUAAAAACAAAUUGAUAUAAAAUGAUAGAACACAUUAAAAGAUUGGUCCUGCUGUCCCAAGAGAGUUAAUAGCCCUCAAAAAUGACUCAAAGAGGUCUUCUGACUUCUGUCCCUGCCAGUCUAAUAGACUAGACCUAGGCUAGAGGAGUAAUAUUAUAGUAAUAAUCAAAUUUUGAUCAAUUAAAAUGUGAUUGGGCCUAAUUAUAAAUUGAAUUUUAUAUCUUUUACUGAGGACAAAAUGACACUUAGUUGCCCAUAAAGGUAAUAAAAGUGCACUUAUUGUUAUAAAUAUGGAUUUUGCCAAGAGUUGUCUCACCCUAAGGCCUAAGGGCUGUGACAUCACAUUAGGUAAUCCCAGCGCUUGACUAAGAGUAAAAAGACCAAAUAAUGUGUAGAGUAUUUAUCAAGCUUGCUUUCUUAAAUUGUAGGAUAUUAUGUUAAUAAAGACUAAAAUUGUAUUAUUAUCUCCAUUUAUUAAGGUUACCUUUAUUUUCAUGUUAAAAUUUCAAAUUUGAAACCAGGAAAUUAUAAAUCUUUAGUACCUUGAGUGUCCAAAUAUAAACAAUUGUGUGGUUUAACAGAAGUUUUGUUAGUCUUUGAGGGAUUACUUUGAUAAACAUAUAUAUCUUGAUCUUAUGUGAAUUUUUCUUGUGUUAUUUAUUUAUACUUGGAUAAAUCUUUUGUUAAAUUAAUUUUGUGGGCUUUAACUCUAACGGUUACAACUAUCAACUAAGCAGGACAAAUGUCUAAAAACCAGCACUUUACUGGUAAAUACAGAAUGAAUGGUCACCCUACCCUUAAUGAAUUGUCAUUGUGUUGAAAUAUUAUUUUUGUAUUAAUGCAAUUAAAGUACGGUUCCAACUAUCAACUAACUAGGCCAAAUGUCCAAAAACUAGUACUGUACUAGUAAAAACAGUAGGAAUGGUCACCCUACCCUUAAUGAAUUGUCACUGUGUUGAAAUAUUAUUUGUGUAUUAAUGCAAAUAAAAUAAUUUCUUACUCAGUUACAUUGACAACAACAGAGUACUAUUAAAAUAAAGGAGAUCUACAAGUGCUAAUGGACAAUCCAUAAAUGAUGUCACAUAUGGAGGUUCAGGGCUCGCUAGCUUUUGACUAUAACUAUAAAAAAUCUGUCAAAAUAGCCUGAGCUCCACUAUGGAUUUUUUAUUGUAUCAUAUAGCUUACUAACUUAAUGUUUCUAAAAUUCUUUUUAGGCGAAGGAUGAAGAGAGUCUAAACAAGUUAUCAGAGACACUCAAAGAGAAUAAUAUUGACCACAAGCUUUGGCUUGAACAGCCAGAAAAUAUUCCUACAUGCAUUGCUGUCAAACCCUACAGAAAAACGGACGUUCAGGCCUUCUUCAAAUCAUUUAAGUUAUUUAGAUAAAAAUGUAGGGAUUUUAGUCGCAUGUAUGAUUGAAAUAUGACGUGCAAACACUGAGAUUGUAUGUUAAGUUUACUUUUUUGGAAAGGUGACUUACUUAUUUGAUUGUUUUGGAGCUAUUUGCAUCAAAUGGUGCACCACAUGGUGCAUUAUAUGGUGCAUAAGUUUUAUUUUAAUUUAUACACAGCUAAAGAAUAAUAAAAAAUGUUAUGCUCUUCUGAUUUUGUAACAGCCAAUUUUAUAAAAGUGGAAAUAAAAAGCUGUCAAAUAUUUUGAGAUGAAUUUUGAUCUUUUAUUAUUUUUACCCCCUUUGUUAUGAGCAGAGCAAGUAAAAUUCUGAAGAAAGAAAAAGCUCUGAAUAUAUAUAUAAAAAAAAAAAAAAAAGAAAUUGCGGUUCACACUCUGAAUUUAAACAUUUCAUUGAAAUGCAUCUAGUAACAAAACUGAAGACUGGGAUUUUAUUAUUUUUACCCCCUUGGUUAUGAGAAGAGAAAGUAAAAUUCUGAAAAAAAAAAAAGCUCUGAAUAUAUAUAAAAAAAAAAAAAAAAAAAGAAAUUGCGGUUCACACUCUGAAUUUAAACAUUUCAUUGAAAUGCAUCUAGUAACAAAACUGAAGACUGGGUACAGCGGUGGGUGGUUUUGGGGACUAUUUGGAGAAUGUUUUUUCCCUUACCCAGGAUCUUAAAAUUUACUUGGUACUGGUUCAAGUGCGAGUGAUAAUUAAACUAUAUUUAUGCAUAAACUUAACAAGAAUAUUGUUACUCAGGUUUAAGUAUAGUGUUGACCAUUAUAAAUUUAAAAAAUUUUUUUUUAAUAUUUCAUUUUUGAAAAUCGCUUCUAAAGAAAUUUUCAUGAAGUGGAGUAUACUCGAUUUUUUAAAAAACUCAGUUUCUUGAGUUCCUUCCCUUUAGUAAUAACUCUUACUAUCUCAGAACGCAGGAAAUGUUGAAGAUUACCUCUCUUCGAUAAUAAAAUCACGAAUUAAAACGACGGGAACAAAUUGAUCUUGUCAAGUACAGGUACCGUGAUAUGGUUUUCAAAAUUUAAUCUGUUGUUAGUUUGGCUCGUUAAUUAUGAAAAAUAUUUAACAAAGGACUGACACCACAAACAAAGAUUGAUAAACGAUAACAAAAACAAACAACAAAAAAUUGAGGGGGGGGGUGUGAAAAGAGGUGGUGGAAUGCUUUAGCUCUACUUUACUUUAAUUAAUUAAUUUUUUUAUUCAGUCAAGACAUUGGCUAUACUAUGCUUAAUAAGUUAAAUUUUAACAAAAUAUGUUACACAUUUUUUUUUAAACUCGCUUUUAUUUAAAAGCACUUAAAAAUACCUCAAAAAUGCACCAGGAUUUCCUAAAAUUAAUCAUUUCUACAAAAAUACAAGUGCAGCCGCCAGACAUCGAAGGAAAUGCUGCAAAGUAAAAAAAAAAAAA